CUGCAGUCCCCCAUCUAUGGUGACUUUGGAACCCAGGAAAAUAAAAUCUGUCACUACCUCCAUUUCUUCCCCAUCUCUUUGCCAGGAAUUGAGAGGGCUGGAUGCCCUCUUAGUAACCUAAAUUCCGAGGGCUCUUUGCAGAUCGGUAUUCUUUCUCCUGGCCCUUUUUCAAGCUUUGUAGCUUUGUAACCUUGUUAUUAUUUUUUUUUAAAAAAAAAAAACAUUUGCAUCCUAUCGCGCUGCCAACGCUAACUCGGGUUGUGUUUCACAACUGCCACAUACGAAAAAGGAAAAGGGGGGUGGAGUAAAAAGCUUCUUCCCCCGCUGUACGUGAUCUAGAGAUGCAAAAGCCUGGAGAAACGCUGAGGGCGACGCUCGGAACGAAAGGGCUGCCGACAAUCGUCACCGGAUGUGAAAAAUCGUCAGCUAUUUUCCCUCCCCCCCUUCUUCUCUGAAAUGUGUGAACAAGUUCAGAAGUUGAUCUUUUCCGAGAUCUCGCAUCCCGAGAGGCUGUUUUAUUUUUUUAAAGCUGAAUUCACGACCCCAAAUUUAUCUUGCUACGCAAGACAGUUGUUCAGUGUUAAGUUGGAAAGUCGCAAAAGGGGAUCACGUGAUCCCAGGACGUUGCAACCGUCACAAGUACCAGUCAGUUGCCAAGCGUCCGAAUUUUGAUCAGCUGACCACGGGGAGGCUACAAAGGUCGUCAGCGUGAAAAACGUCCCUUUUUUUUCAGUGCCGUUGUAACUUUGGACGGUCACUAAAUGAACUGUUGUAAGUCGAGGACUGCCUGUAGUAAGUUCACAAUCAGGUGAACGAAGGCAUCGUGGGUCCUUGCUACUCAACCGCCUCCUUUAUCCCACCGGGAUUUUCACUCUUCGGGUAGUACUCGACUUUACAACCGCAAUCAGGAUCAGAAUUUCCGUCGCUAAGCAAGGAGGUUAUUAAAUUGCGCCCGAUUUUACCAGCCUUUUUUUGGCACGGUUCUUAAGCUAGUCCCUGCAGGUUGUUAAGUGAAUCGUGCGGUCAUUAAGCGAACCCAGCUUCUUCCAUUCGACUUGGCUUGUCGGGAGCCGGCUGGGAAGGUCGCAAGUGGCGGUCAGGUGCCGCUGCCACAAUCACAAGGACGCACCAGGGGCCAAACGUCUGGAUUUGGAUCGCUGGUGAAGGUUGUACGUGCGUGAACUACUCGACCAACCAUGGCUGGCAUAAAAACAGCGAGCGGAGAGUAUAUUGACGAUUCCUGGGAACUCGGUAUCUUCGUGGAGGACCUGGGACCUGAGGCGGACCCCAUCAAACUCCGAGUCAGCGGGAACCUGCACAUCGGAGGCAUCAUGUUACUGAUCGCGGACAAAUUAAAACUUCAGAGGGACUGGUCGGAUCACGCCUUGUGGUGGGAGCAGAAGAAACGUUGGCUCCUGAAGACCAACUGGAGCCUGGAUAAGUACGGGAUCCUGGCCGAUGCCAAGCUCCACUUUACACCCCAGCACAAACCGGUGGUGCUUUUCCUGCCCAACCGCUGCCAGGUCCGAGUCCGGGCCAACUUUGCCCAGCCGGUUUUCCGCACCGUAUGUGAUAUCUGCAGGCUACUCGCCAUCCGUCACCCGGAAGAGCUGUCCCUGCUGCGUGCGCCGGAGGAGAAGGACAAGCGGAAGCAGAAGGAGAAAGAGGAGACCGCCGCCCGGAGCUACGACCUGUCCAGCGUCCGGCUGCCAGCAAGCGCAGAGCAACAGACCUUCCGAGGGAUGCCUGCUCACUUUUCGGACAGCGCUGAAACCGAGGCUUGCUAUCGGAUGCUGUCGGUCAGCCAGACUAACCUGACUCCCGAGCAGAUCGUCCGAAUGCACCGGCCGGGAUCCCUUGUGGAAAAGACCAAGAUCAACAGACAGUGGCUGGAUUCAUCCCGCACUCUGCUACAACAAGAAGUAAAAGAACAGGAUUGUUUAUGGCUGCGCUUCAAGUAUUACAGCUUUUUUGAUCUGGAGCCAAAGUACGACGCUGUCAGGAUCAAUCAGCUGUACGAACAGGCCCGCUGGUCUGUGCUGUUAGAAGAGACCGACUGCACGGAGGAAGAGAUGAUUGUCUUUGCUGCAUUGCAGUAUCGCAUCAACCAGCUGUCCUUGAGCGCCAGCCCUGUGGAGCAGUCCAGCGAGUCCGGCCUUGAUGACUUGGACAAGGCUUUGGCUAACUUGGAGAUCAAACUGGAAGGCCCGGCUCCGAGUGUUUUGGACAGUCUCACAGCCAUCCCAGAGCUGAGGGACCACCUCCGAAUCUUCAGGCCCCGGAAGCUGACUCUGAAAGGUUAUAAGCAGUACUGGGUGAUCUUCAAAGAAACGACCAUCUCGUAUUUCAAGAGCCCAGAAGAUGCGUUGGGAGAACCUGUUCAACAGCUCAACCUGAAAGGCUGCGAAGUGGUGCCGGAUGUCAACAUGUCUGGCCAGAAAUUCUGCAUCAAGUUGCUGGUCCCUUCUCCUGAUGGGAUGAGCGAGAUACACCUGAGAUGCGUGGACGAGCAGCAAUACGCCAGCUGGAUGGCCGGCUGCCGCUUGGCAGCGAAGGGGAAGACCAUGGCGGACGCCUCCUACCAAGCAGAAAAGGAGAACAUUCUCUCCUUCCUGAAGCUGCAGAAGACCAAUCCGGAGAUGUCCCUGGCGACUGAGACGGAGGGGGCCCAGUGGCUGGUGUCUCCUCGCUACCAGAAGAAGUUCAAACCUAAGCAGUUAACUCCCCGCAUCCUUGAGGCCUACCAGAACGUCUCUCCGCUCUCCCUGGCUGACGUCAAGAUGAAAUUCAUCCAGGCUUGGCAAUCCCUCCCUGAUUUUGGAAUCUCCUACUUCGUGGUCAGGUUCAAAGGCAGCAGAAAAGACGAAAUCCUGGGGAUCGCCAACAACCGCCUGAUCCGGAUUGACCUGGCCGUCGGGGACGUGGUGAAGACGUGGCGGUACAGCAACAUGCGUCAGUGGAACGUCAACUGGGACAUCCGGCAGGUGGCCAUCGAAUUUGAUGAGCACAUCAACGUGGCUUUUAGCUGCAUCUCCGCUGGCUGCAAGACGGUCCACGAAUACAUUGGGGGUUACAUCUUCCUAUCCACCCGGACAGCUGACCGAAGCCAAACGCUGGACGAAGAGCUCUUCCACAAGUUGACGGGGGGCCACGAAGCCCUCUGAUGCUUCUCCUACCCAAAGCCUUCCCUCCUGCAAGGAGCAGCUGAUCUCCAGAAUAUGCUGUCUACAGAUCUACGGGGAGGCGAGGGGCUGAAGGCCCUUCCUGGAGUCCAGGCGUCCAUAAAGACUUGGAGAGCAAUUCGGAAAACGAUGGAGCGAGAACGUUCCCCAGAUAAGAGAAACCUUUCUCAAAGGAUUUGAAGGCUGCGUUAACUAUGGUUUGUUGGUGGGUUUUGUGUGUGUGGUUUUUUUUUUUAGUACUUCAAAGCAGGCAAUUCGAGAGCUCGCAGCCAAGACUGAACAGCAGAGUUCGAGUAGUUGACUAAUUUCAAAUAUUCAAAUAUCUUGCCAAGAAGGACAAUAUUUACUCCUUCUUCCUCCUCCGAGAAACUCAGGGAUUUUACCCAACACCAAGCUGGGAUUCAGGUACUUUCGUUGUAUUUUGUACGGUUUGCGGGGGGGGGGGGGGAGGCUAUGUAGAUUGUGUUGAGUGCUUUUGUGUUAUCGUCUUCGAGGGGCUAUAAAGAGGAUUUUUCAUGAAAACGCUUUCUUCCCCAAUGUGAUUAUUCUUUCUCAGAAUGGCCUAGAUUGGGAGGAGGCUGUUUAAUGUGUCCCCCCCCCCAGCUACAGGUAGUUACGAGCAAAAUUGGGAUUAGAAUUCCCAUCCUAAGUCAUUGCAGUCGGAAGCCAAGGCAGACCCAAUUUUACGACCAUUUUUAUGAUAUGAGAUAGAUAGAUAGAUAGAUAGAUAGAUAGAUAGAUAGA